GCUUGCAGUGCAAAGCAUGAAGUCCUGAGUCCAGACCUCAGCACCCACGUUAAAGCUGAGAACAGCAGAAUGCAUCUGUAAGCCUGGGGUGUGUGGCAGGGAGACAGGCGGAUCCUGGGGCUUGCUGGCCAGGUGGUCCAUCGGAAACAGUGAGCUGCAGGUUCAGCGAGAGUCUCAAAAUAUAUGCCAGACAAUGCUAGAGGAAGACACACAGUGAUGUUCUCUAGACUGCACAUGACUUACAGGAUGUAAUACAGAGAGCUCUCCAGAUUGGUGUCAAAAAGUUUAUGAUCACAGGUGGAAGUCUACAAGACAGCAAAGAUGCUCUGCAGUUGGCACACACAAAUGGUACCCUCUUCUUACUUUUACCUAACAAAAUAUGAAUUAAUUGAUUGUGAAGAAGUCUUUCUGAGAUCUGCUGAAGACAUGUUUUUCAGUACAGUUGGGUGUCAUCCCACAAGAUGUGAUGAAUUUGAAGAGAAUAGCCCUGAUGGUUACUUGGCAGGAUUGCUGGACCUUGCUAGGAACAACAAGGACAAAGUUGUAGCAAUAGGGGAAUGUGGACUCGAUUUUGACCGCCUGCAGUUUUGUCCCAAAGAUACUCAGCUCAAAUAUUUCGAAAAACAAUUUGAACUGUCAGAACAGACACAGUUACCAAUGUUUCUUCAUUGUCGAAACUCACAUGCCGACUUUUUGGACAUAAUGAGAAGAAAUAGAGACCGGUGUGUGGGCGGCGUGGUGCAUUCAUUUGACGGGACAAAGGAAGCUGCGGCUGCUUUGAUUGACUUGGACCUUUACAUAGGAUUUAAUGGUUGCUCACUGAAAACGGAAGCUAACUUGGAAGUUCUGAAGUCAAUACCUAGUGAAAAACUAAUGAUUGAAACAGAUGCGCCUUGGUGUGGAGUUAAAAGUACACAUGCUGGAUCAAAAUACAUAAAAACUUCAUUUCCUACCAAAAAGAAAUGGGAAAACGGGUGCUGUUUAAAAGACAGAAACGAGCCCUGCCACAUAAUCCAAAUAUUGGAGAUAAUGGCAGCAGUAAGAGAAGAAGAUCCACUGGAAUUAGCCAACACACUAUAUAACAACACCAUUAAAGUAUUUUUUUCCUGACGCUUAUUUGUACGUG